CUGUGUGUGAAAUUGAUGUGUAAAGGUGUAAUGGAUUGUUCAAUUAUUAUGAAUCAUUGUUGGAUUGUUGGAUUUUGUAUUUUAGUGUAUGAAAUUAUUGAUGUGUUUAUGUUGAAAAUAAACAUUGUUUAUGUUUACCUAUGAUUUUGUAUACGGGAGUACGGGAUCGCCGCCGUCUGCUAUAUAUGAUGAGUGUGUGGCUCCGCUUGUUGAUGCGCUGUUUCAUGGAUACAAUGCAACUGUUCUUACUUAUGGCCAGUCGUUCACAUGCAAUAUUCACCAUCACAAUGGAGCAAAAGAAUGGUGACGAUGUCUUAUGUGCGAAGCUACACCUAGUAGAUCUUGCUGGUUCUGAACGAGCAAAAAGAACAGGUGCCGAUGGAAUGCGUUUGAAAGAAGGAAUUCAUAUCAACAAGGGAUUACUGACUCUUGGAAAUGUAAUAAGUGCAUUGGGAGAUGAAAGAAAGCGAAAAGAAGGAGAAUGUAAUAAGUGCAUUUAG